AUGGCUGAUAAUAGAACAUUAAGGCAGUUAGCUGCACCUGAUGUGAAUUACAACGGUUUGUGUGUUGAGUAUGCUGCUGAUGUUGUUCCUUUUGAGUUAAAAUCAGGUUUAAUCCAUUUGUUGCCCAAGUUUAGUGGUCUUGCAGGUGAAGAUCCUCACAAACAUCUGAAAGAAUUUCAAGUGGUGUGUUCUACGCCACUGAAGCCUGAAGGGAUCACUGAAGAUCAUAUCAAACUUCAAGCUUUUCCUUUUUCAUUGCAGGGUGCAGCAAAGGAUUGGAUAUAUUCCCUCGAGCCAAAUUCAAUUGCAAACUGGAAUGCUCUGAAAAAAGUGUUCCUUGAGAGAUACUUUCCUGCCUCCAGAGCUGCCUCGAUAAGAAAAGAGAUAUGUGGUAUUAGACAGGGUAAUGAGUCUUUGACCGAAUAUUGGGAGAGGUUUAAACAGUUGGUAUCCAGCUGCCCUCAGCACCAGAUCACCGAGCAGCUACUCAUCCAGUACUUUUAUGAGGGGUUGUUACCGAUGGAUAGGAACAUUCUUGAUGCUGCUAGUGGUGGAGCACUUGUCGAUAAAACUCCGGCUGCUGCCAAGGCUCUAAUUGAGAAUAUGUCACUAAAUUCCCAACAGUUCACAACAAGAAAUAAUUCUGUCCAAAUAAAGGGUGUGAACAAAAUUCACGUAUCCUCUCAUGUUUCUCACUCCGACAAAGCCUUCGAAAAUAAAAUGAAUGAGUUGAAGGAUUUAGUGCAGCAGAUGAUAGUCGUAGGUAAGGCUCAAGCAACCCAACAACUUCAAACACCACCAAGGUUAUGUGGCAUUUGUACCUCUUCUGAUCAUCCUACUGAUACAUGUCCUAUUUUGCAAGAUGAUAAGCCUACUGAAUUACCUCCAGCUUAUGCUGCAGCCCCUUACAACCAAAGUAACAACCAGAAUCGGUACAACAUUCCCGACCUGUCCACUAAUAAGUACCACCCGAGUUGGAGGAACCAUCCAAACCUCCGAUAUGGAAACUCACAAACGAGCCAACAACCUAACCCACCUCAAGCGGCUGCCCAUACACCUUCCGGACCUUCUUUAGAGGAACUUGUUAAAGAAAUGGCCGUCAACAACCUUCAAUCCGGAAAAGUUACAGAACCAGCCCCUGAAAAAAAUAAAAAAAUCAUUGAGGUAACUUCUGAACUUCCUACUUCUGAACUGUCUGCUGAACCUCCUUCUCCUUCUUCUGUUGUGGUCGAAACUGGAAAAAUUAAAGAAAAAGAGCACGUACCACCAGUCCCCUUCCCACAUAGAGUUCUGAAAAAUAAGAGAAUUGAGGAGGGAGACAAAGAAAGAGAGAUAUUAGAUGUUUUCCGAAAAGUUGCGGUAAACAUCCCGUUACUUGAUGUGAUUAAGCAGGUUCCUAAGUAUGCUAAGUUUCUGAAGGAUUUGUGCACCAACAAGAGGAGGAUGAAGGGAAGUGAGAGAGUCAAUUUGGGAAGGAAUAUUUCUUCCUUUAUUCAGUGUCCCAUCCAUGAAAAACAACCGGUGGGCUAA